GCGGCGGCGGCGGCCGCGAGGGCGGGCUCCCCGGGCGGCGCGGCGCAGCCGACGCCAGGGUCGGCCCGAGGCGUCGCGCAGCGGAGCAGGCAACAAGCACCGCGCCAGCUUGCGGAGGAGUGGGUGAAGCACAAGAUGCCUUCCAAGGACGUCCAGGGCCACUCCCUGUUCGGGCCGCCCGAGCGCACGCUGCCGGCCCCCCCCGAGGGGCUGACCGUGAAGGCCUCCGAGGCUCAGACGUACGAGAGGGCCCUGGCGUGGCACCAGAAGAAGGAGGAGAAAAACAAGCAGCGCGCGAAGGAGAAGUUGGUAACAGAGCUGAGCACGCUCAGGAACCCGAAGAUCACCGAGAAGUCGAAGUUCCUCGCGACCAGCUACAAGUCUGGCCCGCCCCCGAUGGCGGAGCGUGCGAGGCGACGCAUCGAGGAGGCGAGGGCUAAGGAGGAGAGCGAGUGCACCUUCCGGCCCCAGGUGUGCAAGGGCACCCGCCAGAUGCACGCCACGAUGCUGCAUUCGGGCGCCCAGUGGCACAGCCGCCUCCAGCCCCAGCACGUGCGCAGGGACCGCAUGGGCUGCAGGGCGAGGCGGGACGCCGACGUCGACGCGGACUGUACCUUCUCGCCCAGGCUUUCCCCGAUGGCGCAGCUGCUCGUGCGCGACGGCACCUUCCAGCUCGAGGAGGAACAGAACGGCACAGGAAUAGAUUACACCUGA